ACAAAAAGCCACGUGCAAAACAACCCGCGCUUUUAUACCUGGAAAGAAGAACGAAGGAGAGCUGUGAGAGUGUCUAAGCAAAGUUAGGACUUCAGCGAAAGAACUACAAGCUGUAAACUGGUAAAGACUGAAAACGACCAGCAUCAUGCCCAGAGGUAGCACGUACGCUGACAAUUCUUACAACCGGAGCCUGGGGAGAGUCGGAGCAGCCAUGGGGAGCAUGCCUGCAUCUUCAUCCUCAAGAUCAUCAAGUGGUGGCGGUGGUUACUCUGCAUCAGGAAGCCAUUGCUACGUCGAUAACUCCUUCAACAGAAGUGUCGGCAGGGUUGGUAUGCAACUGGGUAGCAUGCCUGUGUCUCGAUUAUCUUCCUCAUCGUCUGAAAGUAGCGGCUACUCCUCUACUGGAAGCCCGGGGACCUACGUUGACAAUGCUUUCAACCGAAGUGUUGGUCGAGUAGGCAUGCCUCUAGGAAGCAUGUCUGUGUCCAAGUCGCCUUCAUCAAGAGCUUCAUCCGCCAGUAGCACUAGCAGCGUUAGCACUUAUGUAGCUGGAGAGGUGAAAGUCUACAAAGACAAUGCCUUCAACAGACGCUUGGGUCGUGUUGGUGAGCAACUGGGAUCAAUGCCCAACAGUAGAGACAGCACAGCAUCAGUUUCCGCAGAGAAGGUCUAUGUGGACAACUCGGUGAAUAGACAGCUGGGCAGAGUUGGCCUGAAGCUUGGAAGCAUGCCGGUGUCCAGGACAGGAAGCACAAACAGCCGGAAGCAAACUCAGCCUACUCAUGCAAUGAAAAAGAUGUACGAUCAACUUCUAAAGCCCGAAGUAGAUGACGUUGGGGACUUGCCAACAGACAUACCCCACACAGAGAGGGACUACAUGUGCAACACUGUGUUCAGUCUCAUCAGGCGUAUGAACCAGGCUCUGAAAUGGAAGGAAUCCAACCAAGGUAAGCAGCCUCGCACAGCACUUAAGACCUUCAAGUACGAUGGGCCAGUCGUCACGUUUGAGGAGAUAGAUAUCCUGGAGAAGAUCGGGCAUGGGGGCUUCGGAGACGUCCACUUUGGCAAAUACAAAGGCACUGUGGUUGCCGUCAAGAAGCUGCGGGUCCAACGCGUUUCACAGCGGCGACUGCGGCAGUUUCAAGAGGAAGUGGAGAUUCUGUGUCGUUUAGACCAUCCCCACAUUGUCAGAUUCAUUGGCGCCAGCAUCGUCACACCCAACCUGGCCAUUCUGUUAGAGUACAUGCAGAAGAGUCUUUACGAGGCUCUCCAUGUCGAAGAGCAAGUCCAUACUCCUAAGGAGCAGCGUCAGAUCCUGCAACACAUGGCUGAUGGCUUGGCUUAUCUGCAUGGGAAGUGGGUGGCCCACUGUGAUAUGAAGUCCACUAAUAUUCUCCUGGAUAGCACGGAUGAUGGCAUUGUGGCCAAAAUAUCUGACUUUGGACUUAGUUUGAUGAAAAUUGAAACCGAAACAUCGCAGUCCACAGCCAAAGUCCAAGGGGUUGGUACACCUAAGUACUCUGCACCGGAGGUACUGGCAGGGGAGGAGCUUGGUCUACCAGCCAUGUGCAAGGCUGAUGUCUACUCCAUGUCUGUGGUGGCUUGGGAAGUCAUCUGCCAAGAGGUGCCUUUCAGUGGUCUGAACAUACAUCAGCUGAUGCGCCGUGUAUGCAGUGGGGAUGUCAACUUGAAGUUUCCUGAGGAUGUCCAGGUUGGAGACGGUCUGAAGGAUCUGCUGAAGAGGUGCUGGAGCCGUGAUGCCAACAAGCGACCAUCUGCACAAGCAUUCAAGGAUCGCUUGGCAAGGCUUGAAAGUAUCCUGUAGACGGUAGCCAGCAAUAUGCAUGCAUUCAGACCCCCGUGGGUCAUUUCAUGAAGCUCUAUAUAUUAUUUCUUAAGUUACGUAUCUUAAAAUAUGUUGACGUAGAUAGUUAAGUAGACUAGAAAAUUUACUUACUUCGCUUAGGGAGAUAUUGAAUAUUUAUGUAUUAUUUACAGGGCCAGUUUCCGUCCAAAGCAUGU